AUAGUAAGUCCUUUCGGCUGUUUUGAAAUAAAUGCCUUCCUUUUGGAUUUAAAAUUGUAAAGUAAACCCGUUACGGUGAACAGUUUCUAGUGAGUGUUCUGCCAGCGAAAGGGAUGCUACUAAAGUAAAAGCACAGCAGGAGGAGAAGUGCCGCCAAGUGUUAUCAAAGAUAUGAGCAAGAAUUUGUUUCAUUCUCUUUGAAGUGCUACCUCACAAAAUGCAUCCUUUAUCCUAGCGUUUCGAGUGGACAGGACGAGUCCUUUGAUUCCAUGCCGUACAUCCUGCCGGUGCACUCGGUGAGCAACGCGGUGUGCGAGUGGAUCGUGUGCACGCGCUGCUGUUAGUGUGAGUGACGUACACGUGUGUGUAGGCGAGAGAGAGAGAGAGAGUAAAGCGUGCGCUCGGUUCAUCCGUUCGUUGUGAGAAGAUAUACUACCAAGAAGCGAGUACGCGAGUGAGUGAGUGAGUGAGUGAACGAACGAACGAACGGAGCACUAGAAGCGGAAACAGGAAGCCAGCUGGGUCUGGGGCAAGGAUCGUAUCGCUCCCCGGGGAGGUGUGUGACUACUGGGCGAGUUGGUUGUGAAAUCGUCGUGAGAAUCGACACUUGGCCGUGCUCGCGAGUGGAGGUGUGCGCGUCCGUCCGUCGCGUUCUUUGGCAGCACAAAUCAGUCAGCAGGGGGUGCAAUCGUGCGGUCCGUGAUACUAGUGAGGGAGGCUCCCCGGAUCUUCCGGAAGCUGCGUUCCGGUCACACGGUAACAACGGGACUACGGAGUUCCGCGUGUCCGGAACCAAAGUGAAAACCGUGCUCGAGCUCUAUGAACCAAAGGGAAAUCCGUUGAACCCGCAGCAGAGUGUGAGGCGUGUGUGUGUUUGUGCGUGUGUGUGGUGGGUGUGACGAGAGGCUGCUGCCAGCAACUGACCAAGGAGGAGCCACCGAGAUGUUGCUGCUGAGGAAAAACCUUCUCUGCUGGCUGCUCCUGUCAGCCAUAUUGGUGAAAACGGUGUACUGCGUGCCAACGGCAGCCGUCACCGAGGCCGAUGAUGAAAACGAUUCCGAAUGGGACGAAGACGAGGAGUCCUCGGAGGCGGACGAUGAUGGACGUGUUUACAAGAAUCCACGAAACUCCCCUUCGACCGAGUGUCCGCGUGACGAGGAGCAGGCAACGUUGCUGGGCCAGAAGUGUCUCCGCAAGUGCUCGUCGGAUGAGGACUGCAAGAGCAAAAAGAAGAAAUGUCUGUGCGACGGAGCGUGCGGUAUGUCCUGCAUUAAGCCGGACCGCGAGUGUCCGGAUCUGGCGCAACCGAGCCUCGGUACGGUAACGCUGUCCGGGAAGCACUUUGGUUCGCGUGCCACCUAUACCUGUCCCCAUGGUUACCACGUGGUUGGAUUGCAGAGCCGACUCUGCCAGGCGGAUGGAAGCUGGGCCGGCAGUGAGCCAGUUUGCAAGCAGAACAUCUACUGUCUGGAGCCACCGACCAUUGAGCAUGCUAGACACUCGGCCCUUCCGGAGCAAGCGACCUUUGAUCUCGACUCGACGGUACAGUAUCAUUGCCACACUGGCUACGCUACGGCUGGCUUUCCACGAGCCAAGUGUUUGGCUGUCGAUGGACAAGCCAGCUGGUACGGACCGGACAUCUCCUGCGAGCCGCGUUCCUGUGGACAACCACCGGAUCCGGCACAUGGUUGGCAUGCGGGAGAAAGCUACACAUUUGGUGGUAAGGUCACCUAUCACUGUGGCGAAGGGUAUGAGCUGGUUGGGCGUGCCGAACGCUACUGUCAGGCCGAUGGAUCUUGGACGCCGAAGGAGUUACCAACCUGUGUUCUGGUUACAUCGGUACAGUGUCCUUCGCCCGAAAAUCCACGGAAUGGUAAAGCCAUCUACACGAGCACCUCGUACAAUUCCGUGGUAAGCUACGAGUGUCGCUAUGGUUACACACUGGUCGGUGAAAGUUCUCGGCGUUGCGGAGCCGAUAAACGAUGGACUGGUACACUACCGGCAUGUAAAGAGAUCAACUGUGGACACCCGGGAACUCUGUACAAUGGGUGGCUGGAAAACAUCGAAAGCGGAACUGGACUAGGAGCAAGCAUCAUCUUCCGCUGUCAUCCGGAGAUGCUGCUCGUCGGUAACACAUCGUCCGUAUGCCAGAUCGAUGGCCGUUGGCGGUACCCGUUGCCGCAGUGCUUGGCACCUUGCGUAGUACCCUCGAUAUCGCAAGGACAAGUGAUACCGAUCGAGUUCGAUAUCGAUGUAAAUGCGACGACCAUCGUACCAUCGGGACCGGCUAGUAGCAGCUCAAAGGUCAAGCAUGGUACCGUGCUGGAAGUGAUCUGUGACGAGCACUACGAGUUUCCAUUUUCAUCGCUAUCACCACCGACCUGCAACAAUGGCACGUGGAGUGUAAUUCCACGCUGUGCCCCAGCCCGCUGCAAGACGAUGCCCAAGCCGCCCAAGUUCGGAAUGGUACUGGCACCGAAAACGGAGCAUGGCAUGCGGGCACGGUUUAAGUGCAAGGAUGGUUACAAUCUCACGGCACCGGGCGGUAAAGGUAUACCGGAUCCGAAUAACUACGUGCUAAUAUGCUCAUUCGGAAACUGGACGGGUGAAUUGCCACAGUGCACUGAGGUGUACUGUCAAUUUCCCGGUUACAUACCGAACGGGAAGGUGCUGCUGGUAGGCAACAUGGGGCUGUACGACUAUCGACCGUACGUGCGGAAGGUGAUCAACAACAAGCAGAUCAUGUACGAGUGUGACAAAGGGUACGUGAUCGAGACUGGGCCACCGGGGGCCACCUGUAUCGGUGGUAAGUGGAGCCCAAUAGAGCUACCGAUCUGUACGCCCGGGCAACAUCCGCGUUUGCGAUGGAAUCGUCGGCGUCGUUCACUGGAUCUUCGAAGGCGCUACCACCGAUCGAACCAUAUCAAGCAGCACUAUCGCUAUCUGCAGCGCAAACUAGACGAACACGAUGCUUACCACAGGAUGUGGGAUUCGGUCCCGGAACCGCAUGCACUAGUGAAACGAUCAGCGCCGAUGGUUCCGUACCGAGGUCAGAUACCGCACAAGCGUCACUAUACCUUCGAUGACUUUCAACGAUUGCGAGCGAAACGUAGCGCCAAGACGAUGAGAGGAAUGAUGCUGAGGAGUGGUCGAAGCGACACUUUCACGACGCGACACCGUCGCGAGCUGACGGAAGUGGAGAAGGCCUACAGUAAGUACUACGAACGGAUCAAGGCGAAGUACCGCAACUACGUCCAGAACCUGAUCGGCUCGAACAAGGCCCGUACGAUGCAGAUGCACGACGACAUACACGUGCAGGAUGGCCGAUGGCAUGGUUAUCCCGAGGCGGACAUGAUCGGUCACAACCGCGGUACGCAGAAUGGACGUGAACGGGAGGUGAAACCUGUGGCAACGCGUACACCACCGACCACACGCCGGCCACGGCCCAACAAGGGCAAACAGAACAAACCGAAGAAACCGAAGGCACCACCACCGAUCGCGAUUCCGGACAUUAACGAGCAGUCCCGGUACCGGUUGGAUUUUAUCGAGAGCGGUGAGAAUAAUCGGACGACUGGGCUGCUGAACGAGAACGAUAUCUACAGCAACUACUUUCCACCUCCGCUGACGGGCCGGUAUCACACGAGCUGGCAGUUUGCUUCGGAAGUGAACCCAGCUAGCCAUCGGAACGAGGGCAAUAUGUAUCAUGGACCACGGCAGUACAACCAUCGGAGUAACCGAAACCACAGCGAACACUAUCCGGAGGAUCCACUGACGCUGAUGGAGAAGCUUCAGUCGCAGAUCAUACGACGGCGCAAGCGUGAUACCAGGUCCGACCAACCGGUGGACAAUGGGUCAAUGGAGGAGACGAAACGGGGCCAGAAGGGUAACCGGAAGGCACUGAACCAUACGGACGCUGAUAGUUUGGAUCCGGCGAAGAAGGUUAAGUUCAAGGGACCGUGUGAACCGCUGGCCAGCGAACCGUACGCCCAGCUAGAGAUCGUUCGUCCGGGAAAGGAUCCGAAUGAAACUUUUGGUCCGGGCACGAUCGUGCGUGUUAUCUGUACCAAGGGUUACGUCUCGAAUAUUGUUAAUCCGAACGCCACGUCCAAGUGUGUGCGAGGUCGUUGGAAGCCUACCAAGCCGACCUGCAGUAUGAAACCGUGCUUUGUACCAUCGACCGAACAUGGGAAGUACUACGAAGGUUCGGUCGAUCUGACGACAAUCGAUGCCGUUAAGCCAACGACCGCUGCAUUAACCCCGAUGGAGAUGAUUGAAAAUGGCAAGAUGAUAAACUUCCUGUGCGAUCAUGGCUACAACACGCAGGGACCAUCGAGUUUACGUUGUUGGAAUGGUGAAUGGGCAAUCACCUCGCUACCGGAGUGUCUACCGGCACCAUGCGUACUGCCACCGAUCAUGCACGCCAUGUACCAGGGUGGAUACCGGGCAGGUCUGACGAUUGCACACGGCAGCUCGGUGAUGAUACAAUGCGAGAGCGGGAUGGGAAGUGUUGCUCCGGUGCAGAUGGACUGUGCUUUGGGGUCGCUUACGCCGGAAACCAUCAACUGUGGGUACAUUUCGUCUAGGAAAUCUCGCGAUGAUGACAGCAGCUCCAUUAUCGUGCUCGACGGUAAUAAUGUCACCUCCUCGGAGGAUGAGAAUGAUGGACGCGAGUGUGGACCACCGGGUAAGACACAUGGUUCGUUGGUGUACAAGAAUGGUGAGCAGAUGGAUGAGGGUAGCGACGAAGGGUUCCCGUCCGGUACGGAGAUCACGUUCGAUUGUAUCGCAUCGAUCACGGGUGAACAGACGACCUGGAAGAUCAUCUGUGAGGAUGGUCAGUGGAUUGGCCGCUCGAUGAAUUGUGAGGACGAUGAUCCACUGUUUCAUCGACUGCCGUCGGCUAAUGGGUCAUGCAUGUUCCGCAACAACGAACCGCACGUCGUCAGCUUCUACAACGAUCUGGAAAUCCGUGAGGACAUAGUAGAGUUCCCACCGGGAACGACGAUCAUAUCAAGAUGCGUCGACAUCGGCAAGUACGCGAUGAUUGGUACGAGCGUCCGGACGUGCGUACGGUCGGAAUGGAGUGGCCAGAAGCCGUCCUGUUUCGGGCUAAACCAGGAAAACGAUUACGCAAUGGAGAAGCCCCCGACCAUCCUGAUACGCCACCAGAAUGGUCCGAUCGCGCAAAGCAACGACGGAAAGCUGAUCGUCUAUCCGGGCACGACGGUGCAUCUCGAGUGUCUGUGGAUGCGACGCUUCGGUAACCCGAAAUGGAAUGUCAGCCACGAUUACCGCAAAUACCCGGAAGGCUGGAGCUCGGACGAGGGCCGCGAUCCACAGCUGGAGUUCCGCAUCAGCAUCAUGCACGCCGUCAAGGAUGACUCCGGAAGCUUCACGUGCGUAACGCCGGCCCGACACACGCACACGGUCGAGGUGGUCGUGAAGGCCGUACAUUGUAAUGAGAUACAGGUACGGCGCGGUCUAUCGGCCAGUACCGCCGAAACGAUGAUGGGCACCCGGGUCCUGUUCUCCUGCACCAACGGUAAUGCACUGAUCGGGACGCCCGAGAUCACGUGCCUACCGAGCGGUAACUGGAGUGCACCGUUACCGGUCUGCGAGAGUGUCGAGUGCGGCGAAGUGCCGAUACCGCCCAACAGCAACGGUUCGGCACCGCGUGUCGCCAUCUUAUCGCGUGAGGUAGGCGGUCGUGCUGCGUUCUCCUGUCCACCCGGGUACGGGUUGCGAGGUCCCAGCGAAGCCAUCUGUCUGCCGACCGGCGAAUGGGGUGGACCGUUUCCUUCGUGCGUCGAGGUCCAGUGUUUCCAUCCGGGGGCACCCCAGAACGGGUACGCCCAGGGUACACCACCGUACCGGGCCGGUGAUGUCGUGCAGUUCAAUUGCAAUCCGGAGUACAUGAUGCAAGGUCAGCCCAUUAUCGCCUGUCAGGACAAUGGACGCUGGUCCGGGGGUUUACCGAAGUGUGUGCAAGCGUGCUCGUACCCGGGUACGGCCAUCAGCGGACGGAUGUCGUCGGUGAAGUUCUACUAUUCGAUCGGCGAAAGCAUCACGUUUACGUGCGAUGCCGGGCUGGAGCUGCGCGGUGCCAAGAUGCUCAAGUGUCUCAAGAACGGCAAAUGGUCCAACGCCAUCCCGACCUGCGUCAACCCGGAUGCGGUGAACGUGCGUACCGAUGCGAAGGGUGUCUUCAAGCGGGACAACUAGGCUGCUGCUGCUGCUGCUGCUGGGGAGGGGAAACGGGAAGGAAGGUCACUCCGGUCCGGUUAUCCGGGACGCAAUCAAAAAGUGAGGGGUGGGGAUGGGAAUGGGUUGAGGAGGAGUCACUGUUCGAGGUACAUAUUAAGGAUUUGUUGUAGUUCAUUGGAGCCUUCCUUGAAGGAGGCUGCUGCUGGCCUGGUAAGGAAGGGAAGUUACACUACUUAUCCACAAACACACAUACAUACACAGACAGACAGACAGAUAAAGGCGAAC